GGGGUAUUGGGCAGGUAUGGAUAUCCAUGUUGGGCGACCUGCAGCUUACCCUACCACCAUAGCACAAGCAUGGGAAAAAUCAGAUGUAUAAGUGGUUGAGCUCUGUAUACGACGGAUGACAUUAUUCCCUUUCUUGCUCUCUCUGUUCUCUCCUUUUCGCUUUUCGAGUUGCGACGAUGACUUCUGCUCAAGGAGCUCUGGUGGGCGUGAUGCCCCCUCCUGCUGGCGUCACAUCCGAUUUCAGCGGUAGCAGAACAGACCUUCAAAACCGAACGAUCAUGGUCAAUUCAGUUAUGAUUGUUCUUUCGACCCUGUUCCUUGGGUUACGGUUACACACACGAGUCUCCAUUUGUCACACCAUAGGACUGGAUGACUGGUUGAUUGUGCUGAGCUGGCUUGGAUGCGUCGCGUGGAUGACGGUUUGUCUCUACGAUUUCCAAUAUGGAUAUGGCCAACAUCUCUGGAACGUAACCGCCGAACAGAUGGCCGGGUACUUGAAAACGCUUUUCGCCGUGAUAACUGUCUACGUCUGGGUACCAGCAUUGACGAAGCUCUCGUUGCUAGCACUCUAUCGUCGCCUCGAUCCGAAUCCAAAGAUUCGAGCAUGUGUAUACGCUCUGAGCUUUCUCGUGGUUGGAUACACACUUGCUAUUACCAUUGUCGCGGCUGGUCCUUGCAAUCCAUAUGCCCAGCCAGGCGCACAACAGUGCCUGGUGAAACUGAACCUGUUCAUGUCGGUUAUCAAUAUUGUAACCGACUUACUCAUCUUGUUGUUGCCGGUAAGGAUGUUGCAUCAACUGCAGCUGCCGAACAAACAGAAGAUACUCCUUGGACUGAUCUUUGCACUCGGAUCUGGGGUCAUGAUAGUCUCGAUCGUCCGCAUCAUCUUCGUCUACGCACUCAUUGCCGAGCCAGAUGCCACUUACCACCAGGCUCGAGCCGCUCUUUUCUCGGCAGUAGAAGUGAACGGUGGAGUAAUCUGUGCCUGCCUAGCUCUUCUGAAACCCUUCUUUCAAAAGCAUCUGCCUUGGCUUCUCUCCCUCUCGAGUCGCAGUCGAAGCCGAUCUGGAAGUCGCAAGCUCGGAAUAUUCGGAGGUUCGAGUGGUGUGAAGAGCUAUGAGUUGCAUAGUGCAGGAGUAGCUUCGGACAAAGAAGAUGAGACCCAAAAAACGCCGGGGCAGAUAGCGGUUACUACUACGUACGAUAUCAGCGUCCCCGAGCCGAGGAAAACACGAGGAGAUGGAGACAGUGCGGAAGAAUUGUUUUGGCCGGAGUCGCAGACUUGGCGGAAUGCUUGCUGA